GGGGCGUGGCGCGGCUGGAACGCACGAGGCCGGAAGUUUGGGGUCACACAACUGCCUCCCAGAGUCGGGUGUCUAACAUCUGGCGGGUGAGAGGACCGGGAAGCAGUCGCCGCUGGCAGAGGGUAUCAGGGAUAACUUGGGCCAGCCCCCAGAACCAGAGCAUUUCCCACGAUGGAAAAGGACAGGAGACACAUAACUGAGAACAUCUUAAAUCUCACCCUGGAGAUCAUCUACCUGCUGACUGGGAAGACUUACACAAUGGUGCAUAAAACAUCAGGCGAGUGUGUGACACCCAGCGGUCGCCCUCAUGUGGCAGAAGUACAGACCAAGCCUCAAAGCCAAAUCCUGGUGUCUCCACUGAUACAUGAGAGACAUAAUGACCAGAAGAUCCUGGAACUCACCAACAAGAUCAUUCAGCUGCUGACUGGAGAGGUUCCUCUAAGGUGUGAGGAUGUCACUGUCUAUUUCUCCAUGGAGGAGUGGGAGUAUAUAGAGGAACACAGGGGUCUGUACAAGGACGUGACGAUGGAGAAUCACCGGCCCUUCACAUCACUGGAUGGAGCCAGUAAAAGGAAUACCCCAGAGAGGUGUCCCCUUCCACUUUUUCCCCAGGAUCAUACAGAGGAGAAUCACAGGAUCCCACAGGAGGGUCAGGGUGAAGACGUGAUUAAUAUUAAAAUAGAAGAUAUACAGGGAGAAGAGACAUACGUGCGGGGUGAUCAUGGGUGUAAGGAGGAGGAAAUCCUUACAGCUAUCAGCACAGCAGAUGGAUGCAGAAGCAGGAAUACCUCGGAGGGACGUCUCCUUUUGUCUUCAGAUUUUAAAAUAGAAGAUAACAUCGUACAAGAUUCUCCAGGAGAAAACCCUGUUACACUAAAUAUACAUCCAGCGUUGGACAGGGAAGAUACGUCAUUUGAUCCCUCUAGUCAUAAAGAUUGUUCUGCUGAUAAUUUAGAUGUUUUUCCACAGGGAACAAGCCCUACAAGUGCUAAAAAUUUUCCCUGUUCUGAAUGUGGUAAAAGUUUCUCACGGAAAUACAGUCUUGUUACACAUCAGAGAAUUCACACAGGUGAGAAGCUAUUUUCAUGUUCUGAGUGUGGGAAAUGUUUUACACUGAAAACAAAACUUGUAAUACAUCAGAAAACUCACACAGGUGAGAAGCCGUUUUUAUGUUCUGACUGUGGGAAAUGUUUUACACAUAAAUCAGAUCUUGUGAGACAUCGGAGAAGUCACACACAUGAUAAACCAUUUCCAUGUUCUGAGUGUGGGAAAUGUUUUACACGGAAAUCAUAUCUUGUCAGACAUCAAAAAAAUCACACAGGUGAAAAGCCAUUUUCAUGUUCUGAGUGUGGGAAAUGUUUUACAGAGAAAGCAAAACUUGUUAAACAUCAGAAAACUCACACAGGUGAGAAGUCAUUUCUGUGUCAUGACUGUGGGAAAUGUUUUACAUGGAAAUCAAAACUUAUACAUCAGAGGAUUCACACAGGUGAGAAGCUGUUUUCUUGUUCUGACUGUGAGAAAUGUUUUACACAGAAAUCAUCUCUUGUCAAACAUCAGAAAAAUCACAGCGGUGAGAAGCCAUUUUCAUGUUCUGAAUGUGGAAAAUGUUUUACAGAGAAAUCAAAGCUUGUUAAACAUCAGAAAACUCAUACAGGUGAAAAGCCAUUUCUGUGUUCUGAGUGUGGGAAAUGUUUUACAGCUAAAUCAGAUGUUGUCAGACAUCAGAGAACUCACACAGGUGAGAAGCCGUUUCCAUGUUCUGAGUGUGGAAGGUGUUUUAUACACAAAUCAGAUCUUGCAAGACAUUGGAGAAUUCACACAGGGGAGAAGCCAUUUCCGUGUUCUGAGUGUGGGAAAUGUUUUAUACAGAAAUCAAUACUACUUCGACAUCUAAAGACUCAUACAGGUGAGAACUUGUUUCCAUGCUCUGACUGUGGGCAAUGUUUUACACAGAACUCAAUACUUCUUCGACAUCAAAGGAUUCAUACAGGUGAAAAGCUGUUUCCAUGCUCUGACUGUGGGAAAUAUUUUACACAGAAAUCAAUACUACUUCGACAUCAAAGGACUCAUACAGGUGAGAAGCUGUUUCAAUGCUCUGACUGUGGGAAAUGUUUUACACAGAAAUCAGAUCUUGCCAGACAUCAGAGAACUCACACAGGUGAGAGUCCAUUUCCAUGUUCUGACUGUGGGAAAUGUUUUACACUUAAAACAACCCUUGUUGUACAUCAGAAAAUUCACACAGGAAUACAAAAAACAUUACCGUGAGGUGAUAGACAAAACAGGGCUGGAGUAAUGAUCUAAAUAUAAUAGAUGUUAAUGGAAAUGGAAAAAACAAACAAACAUUGGUGUGAAUAUAUAUUUACAGAUUGUAUUGGCAUCACUUAUUUCUAGAGGGCAUUUUAGGGCUUUACUCACUUAAAAGCUCAACCUGUUAUAAUUCAGUUACCAUCCUCAGGCGUCAGUGAAGUGUGUCAUCAACAUAAGACUGGUAUGUACAGUGGUAUAUUAGAUGGUACACUGAUGUUAGGUUCUCAUAUUCAACAUGUUGCAUGCAGAAGAUAUGGUCGGGUUUAAAGAUGGGUGACUUUGAUAGGGACAGAUCUUUAUUGCCAGAUGACUGGAUCAGAACAUUUUCCUAAAUGGCAAGGUUUGUGGGGUGCUCAAAGCCAGUAGUGUUGAGUACCUACCAACAGUAAUCCAAGCAGAAAAAAAUCCACCAACUGCUGACAGGGUGUUGGUCAGCAAAGAAUUAUUGAUGCACAAGUUUAUGAAGGUCUACCCGGUCUGGUAUCAACCAACAGAAGGCCUACUGUGCCGCAAAUACCAGAAACGGUUGAUGAACAUGAUGGGAGUGACGGAGCACAACACAUAGUUCAUGAAACCCUUCUGCAAAUGGGGCUGUGUAGCCAUCAGCCGGUCAGUGUCCCUUCUAUCCUCUGUCCAGCUUUGAAAUGCAAUGAGCAUGCAAGCAAUGGAAAUGCUCCUUGGAUCAAUGGAAAAAUGUCACCUGAUCAUAUGAAUACCACUUUUUGUUGCAUCAUGUGGAUCACUAGGUAUGUGUACACCAUUUACCGAGGAAAGAGAUGGGACAGUAUGCAUUGUGGAUGAAAGUCGAUGGAGGGAGUGUGAUGCUUUGGGCAAUGUUCUGGGAAACCCUCGGUACAGUCAUUCAUAUGCAUUUAAAUUUGAAGCAUACCACCACAUCGUUACUGACCAAAUACAUCCUUCCAUGGCAACAGCAUUCUCCCAUGGAUGUGGCCUCUUGCCACAGGAUAAUGUGUCCUGUCGAACUGCAUGGAUUGUUCAGUAAUGGUUUGAGGAACAUGAAGAGUAUAAAAUGUUCUCCUGGCCUCCAAACUCACCAGCUCUUACUCCACUUGAGCACCUGUGUGACAGCUCUACCUUGAAACCAUACAGGUGUUGAAGGAUUUGCUGAUAAUCUCCUGAUGCCAGAUACUACAGGAUACCUCCAGACGUCUUGUAGAGUCCAUUGGGUGAAUACAAAUAGUCGCUUUUGAUCCUCUUUGUGAUUUUCUGACCGUUUUCUUUUGAUUUUGAAACUUGGGUAUUUACUAAAGGCAAAAUCGAAUGUAAAAGAACAUUGGACUUAAAUAGACCAUUGGCCAAACCAUCGGUACUUGAACAGACUCCUAUACAAAUCUCUUAUUUACGUUUUGGCCAAUAGGAAUGCAUUUUCUGCGGCAGGGUCCACAGGUUAUCCACAGGAUAACAAUGGGAUAUGAUGGCGCAUCAG